GAGCUUUAACAAAUACAAAUAUGGUCCGUAUUUGCGUCCCACAACACUAAACGAUCAGUCACGGCCGCCCGCCGGGGAAUCUUGGUAGUUGUUGUUUGAUGUUCAAAUCCCAUCACCCGCUCGCCUCUAUAUAUACAGUCAGUCUCAGUCAGUGCUAACACCUACUCGUUAAUUACAAAGAAAAACCCCACUUUCCCAUUUCCGUCCCUUACUUGUCUCAGUCUCUCAGUUUCCCAGAUCAGUCACUCUCACCGCCGAUCACUUACCCGCCCACCGCCAGGUAAUGACAAGAACAUUGUUAUUAUUCAUCUUCAUUCUUUUCCCCCCGAUCUCCGGCGAACUCUAAUCCCUCCGGGUUUUAAUCUGUCCCUGUUUCCCCCGCUCUCUUUUGCUUCAAUGGGUUCUGCUGAAUUGGACUUAUAGUCCAAGUUUUGGGACUGCAGAGUUCCAUCUGAAGCAUAUCCAUGGCCCCAGCUUCAGAUAUUAAGCCCAAAGAUGUUUGCAUUGUUGGAGUUGCAAGAACUCCAAUGGGUGGAUUUCUUGGUUCAUUGUCGUCUGUUCCUGCAACCAAGCUCGGAUCUAUAGUCAUUCAAGCUGCACUUAAGAGAGCCAAUGUCGAUCCUUCGCUAGUCCAGGAAGUCUUCUUUGGCAAUGUACUCAGCGCGAAUUUGGGCCAGGCUCCGGCCAGGCAGGCUGCAUUGGGUGCAGGAAUCGCCAAUACAGUCAUAUGCACGACGGUCAACAAAGUUUGUGCUUCCGGCAUGAAAGCAACGAUGCUUGCGGCACAAAGUAUUCAGUUAGGGAUCCACGAUGUUGUUGUAGCAGGAGGCAUGGAGAGCAUGUCGAAUGUACCCAAGUAUCUGGCAGAAGCAAGGAAGGGAUCCCGACUCGGGCAUGAUUCACUAGUAGAUGGGAUGCUUAAGGAUGGAUUAUGGGAUGUUUAUAACGAUGUUGGCAUGGGUAACUGUGCUGAAAUUUGUGCAGAACAGCAUUCCAUCACAAGGGAGCAGCAGGAUGACUAUGCUGUGCAAAGUUUUGAGCGUGGUAUCGCUGCACAGGACAUUGAUGCCUUUGCGUGGGAAAUUGUUCCGGUUGAAGUGUCUGGUGGAAGGGGAAAGCCAUCAACCAUUGUUGAUAAAGAUGAAGGUUUAGGGAAGUUUGAUGCUGGAAAAUUAAGGAAGCUCAGACCGAGUUUCAAACCGAAUGGAGGAACCGUUACAGCUGGGAAUGCUUCUAGCAUCAGUGAUGGUGCUGCUGCUCUAGUUCUAGUUAGCGGAGAGAAGGCACUGAGCCUCGGAUUACAAGUGAUUGCAAAGAUCUCUGGUUAUGCUGAUGCUGCACAGGCACCAGAACUUUUCACCACAGCUCCAGCUCUUGCCAUACCUAAAGCCAUCUCGAAUGCUGGAUUGGAUGCUUCCCAAGUCGAUUACUACGAGAUAAACGAAGCUUUUGCAGUUGUAGCCCUUGCAAACCAGAAGCUGCUCGGUCUCAACCCAGAAAAGAUCAAUGUGCAUGGCGGUGCAGUCUCCCUGGGGCAUCCACUGGGAUGCAGCGGAGCUCGGAUCUUGGUUACCCUUUUGGGAGUGCUGAGGCAGAAGAAGGGGAAGUAUGGCGUCGGUGGCGUGUGCAAUGGAGGUGGUGGGGCAUCAGCUUUGGUUUUGGAGCUUCUCUAAGAAUGAAUCAUUGAAAGAUUCUCAGGAGUUGUAGCCGUACUCUUUUAAUGUUGUUUCUCAUUGUGAGAUGUUUUGGUCCUUACCUAUAAAACAUUUUGAGGUACUUGUACCACUUAAAAUUUGGGAAUUGUGAUAGUUGUACUAUUCAAGAGAGCGGAUCAAGUGCAUAAUAAUUUUGUGGUCAAUAACCCUAUAGAAUUUAUCACAUCAGCGCCACAUCACCAUAUAUAGAAAGCUUCUAAUCAUUUCUCCUAGAAAUUCUCCUAUAAAUUUUAACAGGCUAUAUCUAAGUCGUAAUUUUUUUUUUUUUCAC